AUGCCGGAGGCUUUGCGGAGAUGCAUCACGAUUAGGUCAUACGUGCCAGACCCGGUCACCCAUCGGGCCUUCCUAGAUAUUAUCGAAGCUGCUCUACGGAAACACGGUGACUGGCCUAAGGCGGACAAGGCGCUGCCGUUCAAGGAAGGGGAGAAAGCCAAGAGCGCGAAGAAUCGAGAAACUAGCCAGAAGCUCGCGGAGAAGAUAUCUACAUCGAGCGAUGUGCUCACGGCUGUACAAGAAACAAAUUAUGCGGAACCAACGCGUUCUGCUCCGCAAUUACAGGCCGCUCAUGGCUCUAGACGUGUCCGUUCGGGUCGGAACGUGACAGGGAGCGGGUCUCUCUCCAAGUCAAGGUCCUCCGCAUCAGCGGACAAAACGAAGGUUACCACUCAGGCUACAGAAUCGGAUUUCGGUGCGCCGCGCACUCGCUCCAGUCAUAAUGAAGGCACGGUAGCCCAACACACACGCGACAUGGCGAAGGGUAAAGCAAAGGCUACGUCUUCGACUUCCAAGACAUUGCGAUCGUCUCAGCCGUCUAUGCGUCAGGAGCAAGGCUGCGAGGGAAGUAGCCAGACGAAGACUGGCGUUGUGACGCGAGCUGCGGGCCCAGCUCCCGAGGGUCCGUCGUCAUCCCAAGCAUCUGGACGUCGUGAGACGAGGAGCGCAGUACGGGCUGCGCAGCCAGAUGACGCACGCACCACCUUUACCGGCUCAGGGAAUCGACACAGUGCUCGUGUUAUGGCAGCCGGCGCUUCGGUUGAUCAGGGAAGUCCUGGGGAGGGACCAUCCAGCUCGAACAACAGAAGGGAUGACAAGCCCACUUGGAGGUAG